AUGCUAGGCGAAUCGUUCCGUAUCCUUGCUGAUGGCGGUAUUAUGGUGGAGAUCGGCAAGAAAGACAUUCUCGACCGCAACAGCCUGCCCCUCGCGCCAUUUGACCGCAGCCUUUCUUUCCGGGCUGUCGAUCUAUCACCCGAGAGAACCACGGACGCGCUUAUCUCGAGGCUCUUCCCCAAGGUGUUUCAGCUCUUUGAGGGCGGCCAUAAGCCCAUCAACCCGAUUCAUACACACCCCUUCCGCGAUAAUGGCUCCUAUCUCAUUGUCGGCGGUCUUCGUGGUCUCUGUGGCUCCCUCGCCAUGUGCUUGGCCAAGUCCGGUGCAAGACACCUCGCCGUAUUCUCGCGCAGUGGGGCGCAAUGGUCCUCUGUCAUCUCUGGCGUUGUGGGUAACCGUGGUCAGGCGAAUUGCGCCGCCGCCAACGUCUUCCUUGACAAUUUUGCUGCACACCGCCGUAACCGGGGCCAGACAGCCUGUGCCGUCGACCUGGACGUCAUCGAAGACUCAGGCGUCAUUGCUGAAAACGCCCAGUUGCAAAACCAGUUCGACUCCAGCGUGUAUAAGGGCAUCAAUGACGCCCACCUGCGCAAGAUCCUGCAUCUCUCGCUGCUGCAACAGCAGGAAGCUCCGGAGCGAGUCGGCAGAUCCUGCGGCCAAGCUGAAAACGACGGUGGAGGUGGUCAGCGGAUGUUUCGCGAGGUUGCUGCGGCUGUCAGAGCCGAUGGACCCGGCGCGCCCGCUGUCGGUCUACGGAAUCGACUCGCUGGCGGCGGUGGAGGUAAGAUUACACCUAAGUGGCUUACGGGUCGUAACAGCAUGGCCAGUGAGCACCCGCUGACGCGGUUGGAAAUCGCUGAAACCCAAGAAACGGGUGCGCGGCUCGGUUAG